CGCUCCUAUGCGAUCGCUUUAUUUCCCCUUGUCGAAAGCAAAUUUCCAAAUCAAGUGAAACAUGCACUAGCGAAUAUUAUGCGUUGAACAGGGUAUCGUUCUGCCUUGAUAAAAGGCUCUUGACGUGUUUCUGAGAGAUUUAGUUGUAUUCAAUUGCGCCAUGGCUGAGACACACAAAAAGUCCUCGCAAUCGCGAGCCGUCAUGCUCGAAUCGGAUUCACCGGAUCCCUCAUUGUUGAAAGUGGCACUACUUGAUCCAAAAAAUGAUUAUCGCGAAUUGCCGUGGAAAAACGGACUAGGGUCCACGUCCGAGAUCAGCAUCUAUCCUCCCGAUAAAGAUUAUCAGAAGGAAUCCUUUUUCUGGCGGUUUAGUAUCCAUUCUAUUGAUGCGAACUGCACCUACUCUUUGUUUCCUGGCUAUGAUAGCUCGAUCAUCGUUUUGCCUUUUGACCACGAGCGACAACAAAGUUUGCUAUUGAAUCAUCAAGGGAAUGAACAAUCCACGAGCAUCAAGCCUUUAUUUCCGUACACGUGGAAAGGCGAAUGGGCGACCAUCUGCAAGGUGACAAACCCACCCAUUGAAACAUUACAGUUUAUGAUCAACCGUGACCUCGGCUCGGCGCAAUUUCAUGUGGAUAAGAUUGGGUAUUCAGCUCUGGAUGAAGGAGGACAACCGGGCGAGAAGUUGUUAUUUGGCGCGUUUGCCUUGCUCUAUGUUGUUGAAGGUUAUGCUGAAGUACGUUUGGAUGGCGAGCAUUCGAAAGCGUCGUCGCACUUGGUCUCUGAAGGUCAAUCCCUGUAUGUGGAACGCGAUGAAGAUGCCAGCCCUACAUCACUGCAAAUCCAUUCGGCGGAUGCUUUUGGUAACAAGGCCCGUCCCGGUGUCAAUACAACUGUCAUCACGAUUGAAGUGUCGGAAAGCCCUCGAUCGGGAUUGAAUACGCACAAGGAUCGCAAGGGAAAAUCCGACAAGGAGCAGGAAACAUCAAUAAGCAAUGAUGCUCCGAGUCAACGACGUGAAUGCCGUCGUCGCAGUUCUUUGGUGCCUUGUGAAGAUCAACCACUGGGAAACCAACCGGAGAUACACGCCAUGGGUCAGCGCCGGCGAUCCUCAGCAUCGGAUGUGAUUGAAGAGUUAGCAGCGACGCUGAAGCGGUCCAGUUUUUCUUCGUUGGAUGAAAGUCUGCGCCGCGACAGUUUGGCCAUGUUAGGUGGAACCUAUGCUCCUACGCAGAUGUAUGAACCUCCAGCCCUUGCAGCCAUGGAUAGAGGUUCGGCUAUGCCUCCGCCGCUGGUUCGCGAUCGACUUGUGAUUGAAGACUUUGCGCCCAAAACGACCAACACAGUAUGGAUCAAAAUGAUGACGCAAGGACUGGGUGAAUGGAUCCGUGUGCCAGUGAUCGUCUUGCGAGGUGAAGAAGACGGACCGGUGGUGGGAAUCACUGCAGCGGUUCACGGUAACGAGCUCAACGGUGUCCCUUGUAUUCAUCGCGUUGUAUCCGAGAUCGAUGUUCAAAAACUCAAAGGGACGGUGGUGGCGGUGCCGUGUGUCAAUGUCGCGGGCUAUCUCAAAUUUCGACGCGAGUUUGCGGAUGGCCGUGAUUUAAAUCGAAUGUUCCCAGGCAAAGAAGAUGGAUUUGCUUCUCAAGUGUACUGUUAUCAGCUGAUGCAUAAGAUUAUCGCACAGCUCCAGUAUCUCGUCGAUCUGCAUACCGCAAGUUUCGGUCGCGUGAAUUCGUACUAUGUCCGUGCUGAUAUGAACGAUCCUGCAUCGGCCAUGUUGGCCAAGCUGCAACAGCCUCAAAUCGUGUUGCAUAAUUCUGGACAAGAUGGUACACUGCGAUCGGCGGCUUCAGCACGCGGUAUUAAGGCCAUCACGGUAGAAAUCGGCAAUCCUCAAUUAUUCCAAAAUCAGUAUGUCCAGUGGGCGUUCCAAGGGGUCAUGCAUUUACUGGAUUAUCUCCACAUGUAUCCUUUGGAAAAUGCAGGCAAAGAUAUGAUGAUAGGACCAGCAAAUACGCUACUAUGCUCUAGUGGAUUCUGGAUAUACACCAAAGUAGGUGGCGUUCUUGAAGUAUAUCCUGGUGUAAACACGAUCGUCAGCAAAGGCGAUCUUAUUGGUCGUAUCAAGAACAUGUUUGGCAAUGUUGUUGACGAAUACUUCUCACCCUGCACGGGUAUUGUGAUUGGUCGCAGUUCGAAUCCGGUGGCCAUGGCAGGCGAUCGUAUCAUUCAUUUGGGUGUGAUCAAACGGAAAGGCGAGACACUGGCCAAAGAAGCCAAGGAAAACUAUUGAGAAGCCAAAUAAAAAAAAAAGUUUAUGCUCAAUGCACCAAUCAUGGAUCGUUGUAGUCAGUUGAGACGCAACAAAAAAGAAAAUAUGGCG